AUGUCGGGGCGUCCCCCGGCGGCCCUCUACUUCUGGAAUGCGCCAAAGGCUGAGAAGACCGGUCCCGACGACCAAGAGUUGCCCGCCUCACCCCGGAAUCCGAGCUAUCGAACGAAUCAACUCACCGAAGCAACCGAAGAGACGGAGACCCGCUGGGACGGCAAACUGAAGAAAUUCGUACCCCUGCGACGGCCAGAUGUACGAAAGACAGCCAACAUGCCCCGGGCCGUCACACCCUUCCUCUUGAAAGAAAAGAUCCUUCGAGCGCUUGGGGACUAUAGGGUCGUACAUGGGGACUUGAUGCAUAUCUAUAUCAUCUCACACCAAGAAGCACGCCAUGCCAUCGGUCAGCUGGAAAGGUUGCUUUGGGGUCAGCCGAGGCAUGAGGCCGCCAAUCGGCUCGACCGAUACCACCUGUGGAAGAAAGAUUAUUCACAGUCGUUACAAACAAUGGAUAGCACCUUUCUCUUUUCGGGCGAGGACGAUGACUCAAGCAUGUGGACAUCCAUGCGAGAGCAGGAUGCGGCAACCCUGCAUGCGGCAUGGCAAAGGCUGGAUACGGAGCGGCGGGAGCGUCUAUGGCCCCAAAUGAUCCUGUCUGCGUUGAAUGGGAAGCCGGGCGUGCUACCAUCCUUCGUCCGCGCAACCUUCGACUCUUCGUGGUGUCCUUCUUAUGUGAUCGAAGACAUGUUCUAUGCCCUCUUUCGGGCAACGAAUGUGCUCAGCGACGGGAAGAGGAUAGAGAAAGAAACGUGCAAGGUUGCCGUAAAAUUGCUCGAAAGUUGCCCACCGAGGUACAUAGGCCUGGAACAAACCGCCCUGCUGAAGAUUGCGUCGCCGAUGUCCAACGAUGAGCUUGUCGACUUCUACCAAGACCUGAAAAGGACCGAGCACCCGCUUCACGCAAACACAUUGCUGCAUUUUGCGAGUCACUUUGCAGCAUCGGCUGAACAUAAGCUACAUGCCGCCGACAUCAUCUACUCUUUGACGGAAAUACCUGGAUUUGAUAUCAACUCCCCGGCCGCUGCAAGCGUUUGUACUUCUCUACUUACACUCAACGAAAAUGGGCCGUUGCCGGAAGGGCAUGCUGCCCCAGACGAACUGUUCAAGUUGCUGCUCGAGCGCGGACUUCGUCCAAACCUUCUGGGGUUGUCUGCAUUGAUGCGAAACUUCUGUGUUCGGGGACAUAUUGAUACCGCAUGGACAAUUUUCGAACUUCUGCUCCAGCACGGCAUCGAGCCAGACACUCACGUAUACUCGAUCCUCUUCAAUGGAGCAACUCAGAAUAUGGAUAUUGCAUCUGCGCGACGAAUUCUGCGCGUCAUCGGCGAGCGUGGAGCGUGGUCGCCAGUAAUUGUCAACGACUGUCUGGAGAUCAUUCGUCGGGAUAAUGAGGCACAGCAGGAGCGACGACGGAGGCAACGAAAGAAGAGUAGCAAUGCAUGGCGGCCAAUGUUGCAAUUGUACGCCAAGUUCUACGACCUCGCCCCAUUACAGAAACUCACGCUUUUCCCACUGGAAAACGUCCUGGUCUCAAGCAGCGCCCCCCAAAAGCAUACAACGCCUGUUAGUGAGAUGAUGGCCUCUCUGCCACCACAGCCAGAGUCUAUGCUCAUGCAGCCUGAUAGCAUCACUUUAUCCACCAUGCUAGGAGCACACAUGCGAACCAUCCAUGGGCCGAGCAACUUGCGUCGCUACUACGCCCAUUUCAAACACCUUGUGUCCGCAGAGGAUCUUACUGCAGUGGGUCUUCUUGAAAAGCACCAGACCCUUGUAUACGACAUUUUCUUGCGAGCGUUUCUGCAAUACAAGAUUUCCCUUGAUUUCGCUCUAGACAUAGUUCGAACUAUGCUCUUCCGCGCGAAAAGGGAAAAACAGCAGCUGGGCUACAACCGCCUCUACCACUCGCCCUCGGUUCACACGUGGACGAUACUGCUCAAUGGCUUCAAGAACCACUGGCAAACUGAAGGCGCAAUUCACGUCCUUAACCUGAUGUCUAAGACCGGGGAUGUACAGCCGAACAUCGUAACCUGGAAUGCCCUCAUCACCUCAUUUGCUCUCGAGAGGGACGUGAGAGGUGCGGUCAAGGCGAUGCGAUACUUGGAAGAAGCCGGCAUCCAGUCGAACGACCGCACAGUGAGAGCGUUCAGCAUAUUCCCCAGGGGUCUGAGGGAAAAGGCUAUCAAAAUGCUGGAAGAGCUCCGCAAGCACCCGGUCGACCUCGCCAGGCCUGGCGCUUUCUUUGAAGAGGACAGGAUGUUUGCCAAAUUAAAAAAGCGAGACUUCCUCGUCAAGCCGAGCCGAUCCCGGCCGGCGAAUCUGGGUCUCGGACUUGACGGAGUUGCUCGAGCUCAACGGGAAUGGGGGCGGGUUGCGCAAGAUCGAGAACGAUAG